UUCUACAAAAAAAAUUAGUUUACAAAAACUUUAAAAAACAUGACCGAAAACAAUAUAAAUAUCGAAAAUUCGCCAGCUAAAAUCACUACAAACAAUGAAGCAACCUCAUCUCACAACACCUAUUUAAAACGUUUAAUGGCUGGCGCCAAUAAAAAUGAUACCCCAGACAAAGAAGACGAUUUACCCACCGUAGAAUAUGAAGCCGAAGAAAUUGCCCCCAAAAAAGUGCGUAUUGAUGUGGAGCUUUCCGAAGAAACUUUAGCGCCCAAAGAGAGCUGGAAAGCUUUUACACAACAUUGGAUAAAAGUUGGUAUUUUAUUUAUCAUCUGGUGCAUUUAUGCCAUAUCCAUAGUAACCCAUAAAGAGCAAUUAAAUCAGCCGGUUUUGCUGGCUAUAACACCAAAGGAAGAUACAGUUUUUCGUUUACAUGCACAGCCGGCCACGAAAACUGCCAUAGAAGUUCUACUAAAGGGGCCAUUUCAAAUGGAGCAAGAUGUGAAAGUGAGGCCGGAAACAACACAACCCCAACUAACACUGCAGGUGGUCAUGGAUUUAGGAGAAGAAGGGGAAAAGGUUAUAUCAAAAGAAUGGGGUGUGUUAAUUAAAAGGCCCCAAGAAUUGGAAUAUGUUUUGGCAGUGGCCAAGCUUUUACACAUAGAUCUAAAUGCAGAUGUUAGCAAAUAUCGACAACAAGCAAAGUUAUUUUUGAAAAUGAAGACAAAUAUAGAAAAGGAUUUAACGGUGAAGUUAUCAUGUAAUAUGACUCCCGUGGAUCAGACUUUGGGUAUAAUAUAUGGCACCUUGGUAUUAUUAUUUUUAUAUAUCAUGAUAAUCUGGGAAUUUAUAAAUCGUACCCUAGCCUCGGUUAUAGCUUCUACAUUGGCUAUAGGUAUAUUGGCGGCUUUAAAUAACCGACCUUCUACCGGCACCAUUUUAAAAUGGCUGGAUGUGGAAACCUUAAUGCUGCUGUUUGGCAUGAUGAUUUUGGUGGCCAUAUUAUCGGAAUCGGGUAUUUUUGAUUACUUGGCUGUGCUGGCCUAUGAAUUGGCUCAAGGCGAAUUGUUUUAUUUGAUUUAUGUUUUAUGCUUCUUUACCGCUUUCCUAUCGGCCUUUUUGGACAAUGUUACCAUGAUGUUGCUUAUGACUCCUGUUACCAUACGUUUGUGCGAGGUCACAAAUCUAAAUCCUGUGCCAGUUUUAAUGAGCAUGGUUAUAUAUUCCAAUGUGGGGGCCGCUCUUACGCCUGUAGGAGAUCCUCCCAAUAUAAUAAUCAUGACCAAUCAUUAUGUGCAAGAGAAUGGUGUAAAUUUUGGCAAUUUUAUAGCUCAUAUGCUGCCAGGAGUUGUUUUGGGGCUAAUAACUACUUUUGCUUUUUUAUAUAUAAAAUAUCCCAAGAUAUCGGGUUACAUGAACAAACAAUCGGUUGAAAUAGAGGCGCUGAAACAUGAGAUACAGGUGUGGGAGAAGGCCGCUCAAAAUAUACAACCCACCACCACAGAUGAGGAAAUUGUUCAAAAUACUUUGCAGAAAAAAGCCCAGGUAUUGAGACAAAAGCUAAAGGAACUAGAAUCGAAGGGUGUUUAUGUGGAGGUGAAUUAUAAAACCACAUUGGAACAAAUGAAAGCCUCCUAUCCCAUACGCAAUAAAGUGCUGCUGAUCAAAUCCUCCAUAGCCUUUGCAUUUGUCUUGGUGUUAUUUUUUGCCCAUACAGUACCGAAUUUGCAACAUCUUUCUUUGGGCUGGAGUGCUUUAGUGGGUGCUAUUCUUCUGAUUAUACUGGCCGAUACCGAUAUUGAAGCUGUUUUGUCUAGAGUGGAAUGGUCUACUUUACUUUUCUUUUCCUCUCUGUUUAUACUAAUGGAAGCUCUUACGGAAUUGGGCUUAAUAGGUGCCCUGGGUGAUAUAUGUGUAAAAUUUAUACUAAAAGCCCAACCAAAUCAACGUCUCUUAGUAGCCAUUUUAAUAAUAUUGUGGGUUUCAGGCAUAGCUUCUGCUUUUCUAGAUAAUAUACCCGUUACCACAAUGAUGAUCAAGAUUGUGGUAAAUCUUAGUCAAAAUAAGGAAUUGAAUUUACCCUUGCCACCCUUGAUAUGGGCCCUGGCAUUUGGAGCUUGUUUUGGCGGCAAUGGUACUUUGAUAGGAGCCUCAGCCAAUGUGGUGUCCUCGGGUGUGGCCGAACAACAUGGUUAUCGUUUUUCCUUUGUAGACUUUUUCCUAUUUGGAUUUCCCAUUAUGCUGUGUACUUUGGUAACAGCAACAAUUUAUCUCUAUUUGGCUCAUUGUUUUUGGACUUGGCAUUGAGUAUGCGAAAAUGUUUAAAUUGCUAAAUAAAAAAAA